GCCAGUAACAGUGCUUCUCCUCACUGUAUCUGCUGUUUGACAGCAGGAAAGGAGCAGCUCUAUUUUUAGCCGUGCUUUGGGGAGUGGACAGGGUGGAUGGUAAGGUAAACGCUGGGAACGGCAGUUCCCUCCUCAGCCUUAACGGACAGCAGUCUGUGUCACCAUGACCGUGGAAAAGAUGGAUCCUGUGGAAGUGUUUUCAGCCGGGGAGAAAGGCCGUGGCCUCCGUGUCACCAAGGAGAUGAAAGCUGGAGAGGUUGUGUUUGCUGAAGCGAGCUUCGCUGCGGUUGUGUUUGACAGUCUCUCUCUGCAGGUGUGUCACAGCUGUUUCCGCCGGCAGGCGAACCCUCACCGCUGCGCCCAGUGCAAAUUUGCCCACUACUGCGACCGCACGUGCCAGCGUGCCGCAUGGGAGGAACACAAGCAAGAAUGUUCUGCCAUUAAAAAGAUAGGAAAAGCUCCCAAUGAGAAUGUGCGUCUGGUCGCUCGUAUCCUGUGGCGUAUUCAGAAGGACACUGGUCUGGUCUCCGACGCUCAGCUCACCACCCUCGACCUCCUGGAGGAUCACCUGUCCAAAAUGUCCCCCGAGGACCUGAAAGAGCUCAAAGUUGACGUGCAACACUUCUACAAUUACUGGCCUAAAAAGAGCAAACCAGUCGGAGAGGACUAUGUGUCGCAUCUCUUUGGUGUGAUUAACUGCAAUGGUUUCACACUGAGCGAUCAGAGGGGUCUUCAGGCGGUCGGCGUGGGUCUCUUUCCUAACCUGUGUUUGGUCAAUCACGACUGCUGGCCCAACUGCACUGUCAUUCUCAAUCCCGGCAAUCAGACGGCUCUGGACGCUUCAUUCCACUCAAAGAGAAGGAUCGAGCUGAGGGCUCUGGGGAUGAUCCCUGAAGGAGAAGAGCUGACCGUCAGCUAUGUGGACUUCCUAAACGUGUCCAAGGACCGCCAACGGCUGCUCAAGCAGCAGUAUUACUUCGACUGCAAAUGUGAGCACUGCACCAACGGCAUCAAAGAUGACCUGAUGACGGCCGUCAAAGACACCGACGGACACAAGCCGUCUGCUGAUGUGGUGAAGGCGGUGACAGAUUUCAGUCUUCAGGCUCUGGUUAAGAUCGAAGAGGCUCGUACUGAAGGAAACUUCCAUGAGGUGGUUAGGAUGUGUCGCGAGUGUUUGGAGAAGCAGGAUCCAGUGUUUGGAGACACAAACCUGCAUCUGCUGCGCGUCCUCAGCACCGCCAGUGAGGUUCUGUCCUUCAUGCAGCAGUUCACCGAGGCGGCGGGUUACGCGCAGCGCAUGGUAGACGGAUACACGAAGCUCUAUCACCCCAAUAACGCGCAGCUGGGCAUGGCCACUAUGAGAGCGGGCGUCACGCACUGGCACGCUGGCCUGAUCGAGGCCGCUCACGGGCUAAUCUGUCGCGCCUACGGCAUUCUCAUGAUCACACACGGAGCUCAUCACCCCAUCACCAAAGACCUGGAGUCGAUGCGGAUGCAGACGGAGAUGGAGCUGCGUUUGUUCAAGCAGAAUGAGCUGGUCUAUCGCAACAUGAGGGAGGCCAUGCUAAGCGCCAAACCCACGAUGCUCGCUGGAGAGCAAAUCAAAACUACUUCAUAAACAAGCUCAUCAAACCGUGUCUGAAUCUGCAGUGUAAUAAAGGCAUUUUCAGCAGA